CUCACCCCCCAACAAUUAUUUUGCCACUUCACAACUGGGAACCCAAAGAUGAACCUACAAAAGAAGAAGAAGUUGGUCCUUUAGUAGAACACAUCUAUGAGCUGCACAAUAUAGGACCAAGUGCCAUCAACAAUACAGUUCUCCAUGUUGGUUGGCCUGUGUCCAAAAGAGAAGAAUUUCUUCUUUAUAUCCUUCACAUUCAGACACAUGGACCAUUGCACUGUCAAACAAGCUCUCCUAUUAAUACAAUGCAAAUAAAGUUUGCUGUUCCACAAGACACUCCUGAACUUGCUGCUUUUUUAUACAAUUCCACAAUUUCUCAUUACAUCAGGAGAAGGGAUGUUGCAGUGGCAGAACCUCACAGGAAAAACUCUGCAAAAAUAUUGAACUGUACAAAUGUGAAGUGUGUCUUAAUUUCGUGCACUGUGGGACAGCUGGAAAGAGGAAAGAGUGCUGCACUAAAAAUCAGAUCCCGGCUCUGGGCACAAACAUUCCUGGAGAGAAAGAAUGAACUCUAUAGUCUUUCUUCCAAUGUUUCCUUUGAAGUUAAGAGCAUGCCAUAUAAAGUGCAACCAGCAAAGCUCCCCGAGGGAAGCAUAGCAAUCAGAACAUCUGUCAUUUGGUCCACUCCAAAUGUCUCCUUUGAGAUCCCUCUAUGGGUCAUAAUACUAGCCAUACUUCUUGGACUAUUAGUACUAGCUCUGCUGACCCUAGCUUUAUGGAAGUGUGGCUUCUUUGACAGAGCUAGACCGCCUCAAGAUGACAUGGCUGACAGGCAACAGCUGACAAAUAACAAGACUACUGAUGCAUAAAGGAAGAGAGUGACAGCUCAAGUCAGAAUCCUGCCUGAGAGACUAGAAACAUGACGAGGAUUAAAUGAAAGAUUCCUUCUAACCAGUCUUCCUUUGUGCCUGCAAGUGACCUGGUGUCAGUCUGAUCUAUGCGAUGUUCUGAGAACAUGCCACAUGAUGGCCAUCCUUGCCAAAGAAAGCAACUUAUCACUGCCUUAUAAACAUAUUCGCCACUGAACAGAAUGUUUAUCCCAUAUUCCAGCCUACGUUUCAGCAGAUGCUUCUGAGCACAUGUGGUAUACUGAGAUGCUUCCACGACAAGCCCAAAUCUCUCAAGGAGAGAAUGCCUUCAUUGCUGUAUUGUCUAGAAGAUAAAGCAGGACAAACCUUCUGAAUGCUACUGUAUCAUGCAGAGUACCUUUGAGACCUCCCUAAGAACUUCUAUGAAAUUAUGGCUCAGGGAGACAGGCAAUAAAUAUAUCAGUACUGUGAAAGUACUUCUGAAACACAAAGGUAGUCUAUAAAUAACUUUAUAGAUGAGACACAAUUAUUUAUUUUUCCACCUUUUUGGAAUAAGUAUCUGAUAUAAUCAUCAACAUAGAUUUUGGGAGAAGAAAGGAAAAAAUAAUAGAAAUCACAUACUUAUUUUGCAUGUAAAUAGAAGAGUAAAUGCAUUGUACACCCAGAACACAACUUCCUUGGCUGCGAGGUGUUUUGCAAAGCAGAUUUAUGGAACACUUUACAAGGUGAGACAUAUGAUAAGCGACUACACGUUGUAUCUCUUUCAGCCCAGAGCUGGCAGUGUCACACUCAGAUAACUAAAUCCAUGCACAGUAUAGAGUAGGGAUGAGUUACCCUGUCCUUGCUUUCCUAAUGGCUGGCAGCUGUACACUGACACAGGAUACAGUCAUUUCUAAAACACUGUUUUAAAUUAUCACAGCCACACUGGUAAUAUUAAAAAGGCUUGAGGGGUUUGGGGGUGGAGGGGGCAAAUUUUCUUGGCCUUUGCCCUGUUACUUUGUUGAAAUUGCCUCUUGAAAUGGAACAGCUACUGACAUAAUUGUUCACCUAAGGAAAUCUUUGCCUUUUUCAUUUUUCAAUCUACAAGCUGGCAGCAUCUUAAAAGUAAUGCUUUUGGCAAAGUUUAGGGCUUCAUAAAACUAUUUUUUAAGUCAAGUCUUGCAGGAAAGGGUGACAGGAUUUGUAUUUUUGCAGAAAAACAGGAUGCCAGCCAGCCAAGCAUGAACAAAAAGAAAGAAAGAGAUUUUUAGGUAAAGAGAAAAAAAUAUACAUUUAGUAGUUUUUUUUCUGGAUUUAGGAUUCCAAAGAAGGGAUGUUUCAUUCUUUCCUUUCUAUCCUUUCUAUGGUUUUUAUCUCAGCAGGGGCUCUAAGCCCUGAUCUGUGCAAAUUUUUAUGUGAAAGCUUGAGUCCUUCGGUGCUGCCUGUGAGUGUGAAAUUAGCAAUAUUGUGUAAACUUCAGGAGGAAUUGCUCAUUUUAUGAAACAUACACACCACUUGCCUUCUCCCGAGUUCCUUUUCAUUCCAAUCCAUCUCAGCUUCUCAACUGCUAAAUGGCCUCAUCCAUUCUGCCAUGUUUUGGCUCCUUUUAAACAACUGCCCUUCCACUUCAUAAUACUUCAAGAUAGGAGUAAUCACAAGACAUUGUCAGUUCUGCCAGUCUGACACAAGAUUUUAUAGUUUUACCAUUUCUUGCAUGCAGACUGACCUUGGGAAUCCAAGCAGGAGCUGUGUUACAUCUUCAUAUCUAAAAUUUGGAAGACCUUUAUGGAUCUUUAGCUUAUCAGAUGCAGUGUGCCCACAAGCCUUACAGAAGAAGGAGACGGGUGCCUCUGAACAAAAGCUGAAGCAUCUGUGUGCUUCACAUAAGCAAGCACCUCAGUUUCCUAGGGGUGGGGAGCCCUGACAACUUCCCAGUUCCCCAGAAAACCAUUAGCAGUCUCCUUCCCCCAAAUGGUUUUGAGCUGAUCCCUUGUAGAUUAGAGACAUCAGCUGAUAAAUACACCACAAAGCAAGCCUGUUCCAUAUUUGCACACCUCUGUAUCCCAUACAUUCUGGGCAAAAUCAUCCUUCCAUGAAGAAAAAAAGUGUGCUUCCAGCUUUUGUAAAUAUUUAAUUGUUGUGUGUAGCAGCUUCAGAAAUAAUAUCAGCAGCUCAUUGUAAUCAUGUCAUCUGCACAACUCUGAUGAAAUAGCACCAUAAGGAGAUACUGAACAUAGGACUUCUAUAUGUGCAAUACUUUAUGUUACUUAUAUACCUGAAGCAUGUUUACACUGGCAUUUGUGGUUGUUUUUUAAACUUUUGAAUAUGCUGUAACAAUUACAAUAAAGGAAAAAAGGAAUGGGGAAAAAAAGGAAAACAAACACAGUGCUGUUCAGUAUUUCUUGCAAUGUGUUUUCAAUCCUACAUUGCUCUGAGGAUGGGACUAGGUGACCUAAUAAGUUCUUUGCAGUUGUAAUUUCUACAGUUCACUUUUGAGCAAUUACUCUCCAUUUUAAUGUUGGGCAAAACAUGUUCAGAUACUAAAUUUAAACAAAAAAGAACUUCAGUGACUGUUGGGCCUGGCUGGAAUCCAUUGGCUGCAGCUGUGUAAUGUCACUGG